CAGAAGUGGUGCAAAAGACCGUCUAGUUUAAUAACCGUUACUACGUGCCGAUAAGUAAUGUGAUACUUAUUCCCCACGUUUUUUAGUAACAUUGGGACGAAUAUACUGAGAAAUUAUUUUUCAUGCAUGGUUAUCGAGAAGGGUUACAACUGAUCCUUUCCAAACAGAUGCUUUCGCGUGGCCGUUAUGAAGCCGGAACGAUCAAAAUAAGUAUCAGUGCUUUCUUUUUCAUUUAACAUUUCAACGGCGGGAGGCUUUCUUCCAACGAGUCGCCGGAGACACGCUAAAUGCAAUCACUCAUGAGAUGUGCACGGCCAAUCCGGGGGAGUGCCACGCGACGUUGCAUGACGGAGGGAAGAACUGAGCGUUUAGGAACUGUUGCCUCUCACUGGCGGCAUGGGAGUAAUGGUAAGACGCCGCGGCGGUUGUGUAUGGACAGCUAAGGUCUGCGAGAUGGGUAGCGGCCCUCAGAGGCUCAAUAAGCGAUACACAGUCAUGUUCCGGCGUCUAACUCUGUUGUUGUAUCGGGUGACCUACGGGAGUAUUUCUUUUGGUCUGCGGUCCAAACACAUCCACUGGGCGACCCCCGAGGAUCGGCGUGGCUAGACACAAAGGCUGCCUUCAGGACGCCGCAGCUAAGCUAGGAUCACUCCCGGAGGCGGCGCGGCGUUGAAGUUAUUCCAGAGUCAGAAAAGGCGCCGCUCGUGGCCAUAUGCACAUAGGCAGCAGCCGCAGUGACGAGCACGUGAGCCAUGGGUCGUCCAAGAGUCUCCACGCUCAGUCUGGCUAAGUUAGCGCCGCCCGCCUCCGCGACAAUCACGUGGCGGCGUUGAAACAAAUCUACGUCACCCAAAUAAAAAGUACGUCCCCGCCUGCACACAUGUCCCGCACGGCAGCACGGCGGGGGGCACUACGAGGCGGCCUUAGCGAGGAGGGAGAAGGGGACGGGCGGCGGCGAGUAGGGAGGACAGGAAUAAUGGUUUGAAAAAGCAUCAAGAGGAGAGAGAGAGUGAGGCUACAGGAGCAAGGAAGGGUGGCACAAGACUGACUCACCAGAGGCUGGACGCGGCGGCGUGCAAGUGACGCCGCGCCCAGCCUACAAGUGUAACCUGCUACGCUCCUCGGCCUGUUCUUGAAGCCCCGCCCACAGCGCCGCUUUCUUGGCCAAUCAGGGAGUCUCAGCAUCCUCCAUUAUUUUUUGGAGCGUGCGCCCCUGUCGGUGGAUCGUGUAUAAAUAGCGGCGCGACGCUUCCACCUUCGUCAGUCACUGCUCCACCAGGUUCAGAACUGCUCGCAAAGAUGGUCUUCGUUUUGGCUCCCGCAACAAUCGUGCUGAUGAUGAUGGUCCUCGUGGCCAUCGCAGUGCAGGAGACAGCCCGUAGACGAAAGAAACAUCAGAAGCAGCAGUACUUCCUAGGAACCACGACCACAACAACGGCGAGCAGUGACGACCUGGAGAUCGCCAAGCCGACACCACCACCCGGCCCGACUCCACUCCCCUUCCUCGGCAACCUACUCAACCUCCGGAAGUACAGCGACUGCCCCUAUGAAGGCUUUUCCGAACUGAAGAACAAGUACGGCCCCGUCUAUUCCCUGAAGCUCGGCAGCAGCCCCGCCGUCAUUGUCAACACCUACGACACCAUCAAGGAAGUGCUCGUCACCAAGGGAAACUCCUUCGAUGCACGCCCAGACCUCACCCGCUUCAAGCUCUACUUCGGAGGCGACCGUCAGCACUCCCUGGCCCUGUGUGACUGGUCCGACCACCAGAAGCGCCGCAUGACCCUGGCUCGCGCCUUCCUCAUGUUCCGCGGCCAGGAGGACCACUUCGCAAGGUUCGAGGCCAACGUCGUGUCUGAGAUGCCGACUCUGACUAACGAGUUCGACAAGGUGUUGGGUCAGGCGGUCGAGGCCAAGGAGAUCUUGUCCUUCUGCGCCAUGAACAUCUUCUGCGGGUACAUGUGCUCCAAGAAGUUCGAGUACCAGCAGAACGACUUCCAGAAGUUGGUGCAAAACUUCGAUUACAUCUUCAGGGACAUCAACACCGGACACGUCAUGGAUUUCCUUCCCUGCCUGGAGCCGCUCUUCCCUGGCUACAUCGGCGAAAUCAAGCAGACAGCGGCCGACAUUCGCGAGUACAUCCUCAACAACAUCUGCCUAGAGAAGUACGAAAAGCUCAAGCAGAACCCCAGCGACGUGGAGGACCUUGUGGAUGCCUGCUUCUCCAACCUGCUGACUGAGAACGAGGGCGAGAAGUGGGACUGGCAGACCAUCCUGUACAUCGUGGAAGACCUGCUCGGAGGCUCCAUGGCCCUCAGCAACACCGUGAUGCGACUCCUCGGCCACAUCCUCCAGAACCCGCACGUGGUCCAGGCCCUCCGCGAUGAGAUCGACGAGAAGGUUGGGCGUGACCGCGCCGCCACUCUGGAGGACCGCCACCAGAUGCUGUACAGCCAGGCCGUGCUCUACGAGACGCUCAGACUCACCUCGUCCCCAAUCGUUCCCCACGUCGCCACCGAGAACGCCGUUGUUGGAGGUUACGCCGUCGACAAAGGAUCCAUGGUCUUCCUCAACAACUUCGAGAUGAACACUUCGCCAGAUCUGUGGGACGAGCCAACCAAGUUCAUGCCGGAGAGGUUCCUGAAGGACGGCUGCCUCAAGAAGCCCGAGUACUUCAUUCCCUUCAGCACCGGAAAGCGCUCCUGCGUCGGCUCCAAGUUAAUGGCCAACGUCUCCUUCCUCGUCGUCACCACCCUCCUGCAGCGCUACGACAUCUCCCUGGCUGAGGGGACGCCGGAGCUGCCCCGUGGCAAAAUCUCCCUCGACUGGAACCCCUUCAGGCUGGUCUUCACAAUGCGGCAGUGAACACGCUCAUCUCUGUUGCUGCCGCGUCACCACCAGCGGCGGCAGGCAUCAUGAGAACCACUAGUUCCACGCCCCGUCUGGCAGCAGGCGCGAAGCUCCGGCAACGCUCCAGCGACGCCGACAAAAAUUGGGUGUUUUUUUUAGCAAGCUUCGGCCGCCUGCUGUCCAAAACGAAUACAAAGUCAUGGUUCCGCCAACACUAAAGCGACUCGUCACAACAUUUCGGAACGCUGGCGGCGCCAAACUGAUGUGCGACGCCCGCACCAAGACGACCGCCGGGCGUGUCUCUAAGGCACAGUUGGUCGUCUUCAAGCUCCCCUCUAGCAGCCGGGAAAAAACUAAACUAACGCAAUGUUUUACUUAAACUCUCAAAUUAAUACAAGAUUAUUAAAAAGUUUAGGAAACACCUCAGUCCGGCCGGGGCCGCCGCUCCCCACGGCCCCGUCACACCAAGUACUUACUGUAUCAAGUCAACACAUUCUCUUACUGUGCCGCACUUUAAGGAAUAAUUCGACCCCAAGGCAACCCGUCUCCGGGUGGCCAUGCAACUGCCCCGGGGGCGUGUGGGCACCCAUGCGAGAGUUAGAAAUUGUAGCGACACUACGCGCAAGAUUCAGCUCCAAGACUUGGUCUUUGCCUCUAAGUCAUUGCUUAGUGAUUCGACGAUAUUCACUCUAAAAAUAAUUCAGCGUCAAAUUAUCUGCACUCUGAGCUUUCAUCUACUACGUUAACUACUCCUGCUCCUGCAUUCUGUGACUACUGUUCUCAUGAGAAUCACUCUUCUUCCUGAAGUUACUUAACUCUUCUGCAGUGAGACUUAACUCUUCUUAUGACUGCUCUUGUGUUUACACCUUCAUCAGUGGUAAUAACUAGUCUUUCUAUUAAAAUUUAAGCCUUCACCUAACAGAGUAACUACUUAUCUUAUUAAACUAUGAAGCUUUAUCUCUUCCAGUAACAACUUUACGUUCUGCGCUAUGCUUUCACUUUCCUAAUGGCUCCUCUUCUUUACACACUCUGAGCAUUCACGUUUAUUCAAUUACUCCUCUCCUCACACACUGAGCAUUUACUACUUCUAAUAACUACUCUCUUUCAUACAUUUUGAGUUGUUAAAUUUGCCAAUAGCUGCUCCUUUUCAUCCUCAAAUAGGCAUUUCCACUUUCCUUAGCUGGAGUGAUGCCUUCUCAUCUAGUUCUCAGCUACGUUUUUUCCCUUCACGCGGGAUUGAAAAUACUAUUCAUAAUAAUUCUCUGAAACUUCUUGUGGUUAAUCCGUAUCGCAUUAACUUGUGGUCUUUAGUCAAUAGAUCUUGCGGGGACAUUUGUAUUUUCUAUCGGUUCACUAACUCGUCCCUGAUACUAAUACUUACAGCGGCGGAGCGCCCCCACCCGCCAUCACCACAGCGGGGCGCGGGGCACCGCUACUGGCAUGUACGGUACCGUUCGUUAGUAGCUUUACUUGUCUACUGUAAAACAUGGAGAAAAUGAAUGAUUGAUGAAUGAUGCAGCCCUGCCAUGCGUGUCUACGUGUUGGCCUGUUGUUGUCGUGCCACCCUGUGCAGCUGCAGCUCUGUGAGCCACAAGACGGCAUUAAUGUUAAGUGUUCGAGCGAUCCUACCAUGACAACGCCUUCAUCGCUUACCAGCACUCACAGCCAUGUGCAGCGACCGCCCCGUCGCGCCCACCGGCAGCUGCGGCGCUGGGUGGCCGCUGCAGCCGGUGGACGGGCUGGCCGGCCCGCCGCCGCACCCUCCACCCAUCACCCUGUGUCUUGCGGCCACCGGCGCCCACCCUCUCCUCUUCAAGCUGUCAGGGGCCCCUCGGUGGCUGCAACCUGGAACCCGCCUCUCCUAUAUUUAUUUUUACAUCUGUUAUGUUUCAUACCAUUUGUGCUUUAUACUGGAAUAAAAGAUUUGAUAC